AUGUCUGCGCUCGAUGCCAGUCUGGGAAUGAUCCUCAUAGGUGCUAUAGUAUCCACUGCGAUGUAUGGUACUGCCUGUGCUCAGGGCAUAUUCUAUUACAAGAAAUUUGGCAAAGAAGAUAGUCGACAGCUGAAGGGUCUCAUUGCUACCCUCCUGGUGGUGCCGUCACUCAUACCUGCUAGCUCGAAACCCUGCAACAAUGUUUCGUUCUAG